AAUAGCACACUGGCCCUUUAAUGCUGUCUUGCCCCUCAGUAAAUGGAUUCGAUGAAUGGAGAAGAAGAGAUGUGGGAAAUGAGAAUUUCAAGAAAUUAAGGUCUAUACAUGUACAGCUAGCUGUUGGUUGCAACAGAGUAGCGAUCGGGAAGUCGCGGAUAGUUCUACGAGUAGAGUACAUUUUUACCGUAAUUGGUGGCUAUAUUUCCAAUAAAUAAAGGUAAUUUGCGCGGAUUGUCUAGAGAGCAUGCCUGCGUUUGUGUAGGGGUGAGAGCAAGGAAUGGCCGCGGACGUGGAUAAAAUAAUCCCCGAGGACAAGAAUGCUAGUCUGGGGGAGGAUGAGCAUCUGGACAAAUCUCAAAGCGGUGAACGACUGGCGUCUGGCAAAUCCAAGCGAUCUAGGAUCAUUGGAGCAAUGUCAACAUUGCUUAUGUUCAUUAUUGUUCCCCUUCUUGCCUUUGGUUACAAAUAUUAUCAGGACUCACAGCUUCUUACACGUCAUGUAAGUUCAACAUCUGUAUCCAUGUUUUACGCAUCUUGUUCAGCAGAUGUCUUUAGUUUUGCAUCUGAAUUGACUGUGAUAUAAAACAUGAAUUACCUUUAAAUUAUUGCAAAGAGUUUAUUUUCUCUGCCAAGUCUUGUGCUGAUGGCAGUCUGCUAUUUCUCAUAUUAACUGUUAAAAGUUAUUCACAGUAUUUUAAAUCAUGGGGCUUUUUUUAUUUUACAUUUUUGGGAAGGUUUUAGAAAUUGAACAAAUACCCUGCGUGCCACGUAUUGUUUUUGUGGGAUCAAACACUUUUCUACCCCGUACCGUUUUUUUUGUUUUUUUACCCAAGGUCGUUUUAUUAGGGGGUUGGAUGUCUGCCACAGCUGGUCACACUCAACACCCCACUUACAGAACUAGUUGUCUGGCUCACAAUUGGUACUCCUUCUUCCCUCCACUGAGCUAACAUCAGAGCUUGCGUGCAGACAGUGUAUUUUUGUGUAGAAGGGCCUCAAGGUUAGAACAUUAUUUUAGGAAACUAAUCCCCUCACUUCCUUGCCAUGUUUAAUUUCAAGUACACUCAUUUGAUACAUUUUGAUAAACUGAUACAUUUGUAGCUGCAUUCUUUAUCCAAAUUUUUUUUUCAAAAUUGUAGAGGUAUUAGAGGUUAGGGUUAAAAAGAUGCACUCUGAUCUGUGCCAGACAUUGUGUUGGGCGUGUCCAGGAAAGUCACUGGAGCUUGAGAACUGACACAAUAAGACACAAUAAGGAACUCUUAAUGUGUGUUCCUCCAACAGGAAGUGGCAUUGAAAGCACUGGGCGCCGAGGGCCUCUUUCUCUUCUCCUCCUUGGACACAGACCAUGACCUGUACCUCAGUCCUGAGGAGUUCAAACCCAUCGCAGAGAAACUCACAGGUUCACCACGAGCCUUCUUAUGUACCGCACCCUAACACAUUCAAAUCCAAAAUACUGCAUCCCCACAAACCCAACACGAAUACUCAGUCAUUGGUUUGUGACCUUUUGCCCGCCUCCCUGCAGGGAUCUCGCCUCCAGCGGAUUUCGAGGAGGAAGUGACCCAUGACCCCAAUGGAGAGACCCUAACCCUGGAGGCCAAGAUGCAGCCUCUGCAGCUUUACACAAUGACGAAGAGCAAGGAUGGUUUCCUAGGGGUAAUAAGAGUAGACUUCCCUUAUAAUGACAGUGUUGCCUUACCUCACCUGUGAUUUACACUGAAGUGAUUUAUAAGCCAGUCCAAGAAUAGAUAACACCCUACCGUGUAAACUUUGUACUGCUUUUGAAGCUGUCUCUGAGUGGAUUUGAAAGAUUACUUACCAGUAAGUUGCUUUUAUAAAAGGACUUAUGGUGAUAAAUUACAGAAAAGAGAGAAAAAGUUUAAAAUAGACAGUCCAAGGCUUAGCAGAGAAAGCCUCAGAUAUCACAGUUAAGUCUCCGCCUCGCCAGGUUACUCAUAGUUCCCUGAGUGGGCUGCGUUCCUGGCAGAGUCCUGCUGUGCCCUCCACGUCCUUCUCAGCCAGCCAGUUCAGGGCCUUCCUGCCCCCCAAAAACAAAGGGGAAGUGGGGGACACCUGGUGGGUCGUUCAGAGUGAGCUCAACAUCUUCACUGGGUACCUGCCAAACAAUCGCUACCACCCUCCUGCACCACGAGGAAAAGAGGUACGGUUUUAGGAAGUGACUGUAUCUGAUAUUUUAUAUUCAGUUUGACUUUAAUAAUUGUCCACGACACUUGUUCAUCACUCAAAAUCUUGGCGAAGAUUAUAUAUACAUCAUUGGCGAAACAAAGUGUUACUUUGACUAUGAGAUGAGAUGAAAUUACAGCAUAGUCAAGUGGUAUCAGUAGAAAAUGUAAAACGUCACAUAACUUGUUUGAAGGAAAGACAUGAACCUAGCAGUGACUGUGUUUGUUUCCCCACAGGUUCUCAUUCACUCCCUGCUGAGUAUGUUCCACCCACGGCCCUUCAUCAAGUCCCGCUUUGCCCCUCAGGGAACAGUGGCCUGCAUCCGAGCCGCCAGUGACUUCUAUUUGGACAUAGUCUUCAGGUGAGGGAACUCUGAGAUUCCUCAUCAAGCCUAGUCCAUUGAGUUUACAACUAGUUACCACUUUGUUACCAUGUUAUUACCUCUGUACCUCCACAGGAUCCAUGCAGAGUUCCAGCUCAACGACGUCCCAGACUUCCCCUUCUGGUUCACCCCAGGCCAGUUCACUGGCAACAUUGUCCUCUCUCGGGACUCCUCCCACGUCCGACAGUUCAACCUCUACGUCCCCAACGACAGGUCAGUGAAUAACAUGGUUGACUCUGUUAUUGAUAACAUUUUACAUUUACAUUUACAUCAUUUAGCAGACGCUCUUAUCCAGAGCGAUAACCAGAAUUACCUCUAUAGUCUACAGACUUUGUGUCUUAUCCAUUUAGAGUAGAGUAACCUUUAGGACGAUAGUAAUGCUGUUAUGCUACUGAUAUAUCCGUUAGUGAAUGUAAGAUGGCAGACACUGACUUCUCCCGGUCUCACAGGACUCUGAAUGUGGACAUGGAGUGGCUCUAUGGAGCCACUGAGAGCAGCAAUAUGGAGGUGGACAUUGGAUACCUGCCACAGGUAGGCUACUGUGCCUUGUCAUGCUGUGGCAUACCAACAUUUGAUUCGGUGUAAUGUGACAUAGUAGGAUGUGUUCUAUUUGCUAUGUGAUCUCUGUCGGUGUUUCUCAAUAUGCAUACUACCGUGCUCCGAGCACGCAAAUUGGAGCACGGGAGGGUCGGAGUAUGAGUCCAAAUCAAAGUAUGCAAAACGGAGCAUGGAGGGCACUUCUCGGAUGCAUACUACAUAUUUUGAAGCAUGCAUCGAUGCAAGCUUCAACAGAAAGUAUGCACAGAAAUUUGACAACCACGUAAAAAACGACUAUCUUGAAAUCAAUGGCAGAAAAUAAUUCAGACUUUGCAAACAAAUGUUGCCCAUUCACAUCUCAUAUGUUGCCUGACUACAAUAUUAUAUAUUGAUACAUUAAUAAAUACAUACUGGGUUAAUUGUGGCAUGUGCAUAGAUCUCAAGACCAUAGUAAGUAAAUAUGGCUAACUGGCUAGCUAGCUAACCACGAAGAAUCGGUAGCUAGCUACCCAUGAAAAAUUGACAGCUAGUCAUCUACCUUGCAUAACAUUAGUUGUAGGUCGUUGCCUGUUAAACUAGCUGGCUAGCUAGAUUAUUACAAUUCACAUAUAGCUAGCUGAUAAGUAUGAAGUAAAACGUUUGCUUUGUGUAUAUCUUGUUUUCGUCUAUUGCCAUUGUUCUGGCUGGAAGCAGGUUCAGUGAAUGGAGGUGCAGCAUGAGGUAAUACAGUAGGGGGAGUGUGAGUGCUUCUCAAAUGGACUAUUUUAUGCGUUCUCCACACUCUCGUCCUCACGAGUGUACUCAAGAGAACGUCAACGGAGAAUGAACUCGUAGAAUGAGUGUGGGGCACGGUAGUAUUCAUAUUGAGAAACACCCUGUGUGUCGUCAGAUGGAGCUGCAAGCCGUUGGUCCAUCCACGCCCUCCUUCAUCCACGAUGAGGAGGGGAACAUCAUCGACAGCCGACGGGGAGGCAGCGACCCUGUCCAGUUUGUCUUCGAGGACAUCCACUGGACGUCUGAGAUCAGCCGCGAGGAGGCUGCUCGCCGCCUCGAGGUCACCUUCUACCCCUUCAAGAAGGUACGGCUCAAUACGCCUGCUCAGUUUUGUACCAUCUAUUUAGGGGCUUGUUCUAGUCACUUUUGAACUUCGAUCACUACUGGGUAUCCCCAAGCUCUCUAAAAAUAACUUGAUAGACUCCGCACCAUUGUGACGAUGUACGUCUCUUCUUCGAUUGUCCACAGGUGUCAUACCUGCCCUUCUCAGAGGCCUUUGAGCGAGCACAGGCAGAGAGCAAGCUGGUGCACUCCAUCCUCCUCUGGGGUGCACUAGAUGACCAAUCCUGCUGAGGUGAGACUGUUCACCUGUGACACUGGGCUCUAUGAAGAUAAUAAUCCACCUCUUAAUGCUCACUUGGGAGCAUUUUAAGUGAUUAACUUAAAAAAUAUAAAGUAUAUCCUAGACCUGGGGUCAAGGGGUGUCAUCUUGGGGGGGCAGCAUAGCCUAACCUCCUUCAAGCACUGAAUAUUACAAUGUCUUUAGCUUUGUAUGUGACCUUUUUGCUUCCUCCAAACACAUUGUCACAGGUUCGGGGCGGACUCUCCGGGAGACAGUCCUGGAAAGUUCGCCCGUCCUGGCCCUGCUCAACCAGAGCUUCGUCAGCAGCUGGUCCCUGGUCAAAGAGCUGGAGGACAUGCAGGUGAGUGAGCGGCCCAUAUUGCUCAGCCCAGCGGAGGCUGGUAGUCAGUGAAAUCGAAGGACGGGCUCAUUGUAAUGGAAUGGAUGGAAAGGUGUCAAACAUGGAAAUGAUGCGUUUGUUUCAUUUAUUCCAUUCCAAAUAUUACAAUCAGCCCACCCUUCGAUUUAAAGUGACACCAGCCACCACUGGCUCAUCCUCAAGGUUCAAGGCUAAAAUAAUGAACCUCUUUAAAUGGAUAGUGUUCAUUACUAAAUCAACGUUUGUCUCAAGACCUAAUGUCCAACAUAUUCCACACCAUCUGUUGUGUAGGAAACUGCUGUCUGUUUUGAGUGAUAUGGUGGUAAUGUUUCCAUAUAAUCUUAUCUCAGGCUAACGAGCAUAACCCGGUUGAGAGUCACAGGGCCCGCCUACACCUGGAGAAGUACAACUUUCCAGUAGAAAUGAUGGUGGCGCUGCCCAACGGCACUAUUGUAAGUCCUUACAGUUCCAUCAUGCUUCCAUCUCAACUGCCCAGUUGUUUAUCAACAACCUUUAAGUGGAUACUUCACUUUGUUGAUUCUGGGCGUUGCUAAAUAACCAGCUAACAAAUUUUUUAAAGGGUUUGGAGGAAAUGACAACAACCUAUGGAGGGUUGAAAAUGACUUGAAUCUCUGACUGAAAUUAUUUUCUAAUGACUCUAGGUCCACCAUAUCAACGCUAAUUACUUCCUGGACCAGACGUCCAUGAAGCCGGAGGAGGAAGCUCCCACAUUUAGCUUCUCUGGGGGGUUCGAGGACCCAUCCACUGCUACGUACAUCAACUUCCUCAAAGAGGGGCUGGAGAAAGCCAAGGAGCACCUGGCACAGUAAAGACAAACGGUGGUCAAAAGUGUGUGUGUAAAUUAGGGGUAAAUCCUCUGUGAAGGAUAAUGAUCAAAGAAAAAGCGAACUUCUGUGUAGGGAUCGGAUUCCUACAGUGCUGGCAGCUGUUGAUAACUUUUCAGGUUGUUUCACUAGCAUCCAACAGUAUCAGUAUUACAACAACCUCUUCGAACGACAGUGGUCGCUAUACCAGUUGAGCACUUCUGAAGACCUAUAUGCUUUAGACUAAACUGUUUUUUUUUUUUAUAACUAAACUCAAUACUCAGUAGAUGUUCUUCAAGUUAACAUGCUCCUAAUCCCAUUCCAUAUAAUCACUAAUGUUGCUGUUACUUACCAACUAUUUUAACAAAGUUCAGAGUCAGAACAGUGGCCAGGUUACAAACAUUGCUCUGGUCUCUCCUACUAGUGGCUAAUUAAUUGUACUUAUUUAUGCAUUCUGUUAUCAUGUCAUAACAGUGAGUUGAGAUUUGCUUUACUCAAACUUUAACUUUUCUUUAUAUCUACAUUUUCAUACGAAAACAAGCAGACUGCACCAUAAUUAUUUUCUCUAUAUUGCGCAAUAUGUAAAGAACCACAUAUGUGUUUUAAUUCUGUUACUGUUGGAGGGGCAGAACAGGUCAAGUCGUUCCCGCUAGAGUUUCAGCAGUUUGUGAUGGCCUUGCCUGAAAGUCCAAAGUUGGCUGGGCAAGACCUGAUGUCAUUGCUAAAGCUUCUGCAGGCAACACCCCUGCUCUGUUCCCCCGAGGUUGCCAACAGCUGUCAUGGAAACCCGAAAACAAAGCUGUAUGGUGGCACAAUGUGUAAUGUAAUACCUUUUGUUUCUCUUUUUUUUAUGAAAGCCAACAGUUGUAGAUGUACAUCUUAUGUUGAUUGACUUGUUAUUUCUUAACACCUUGACCAUGAGAUCAGAACCAUAAGACUACACCAAAGAUUAUCUAACAAAAUGAAUUUAUCAGGGGCAAGAAGAAAUGGACUUAGUGAUAAUCAUUGUGGAUUCUACCACGAACAUGUGAUAAACUUGAAAUGGAUCAUAUCUUAGUAAAGUGUUCUGUUUCUCCAUCAGCCUCUUGUUAAGCGCUGCAAUAUAGGCAGCACAUUUAGCCAUUACAGAGGUACAUUAUCCCCUUGAAAUAUGCUUGACUAACAGUGCCACAUUUUCUGCAAAAAAUUAAAAUGGAUCUUUGCUAAAAGGAGUCUUGAGUGUUCUUCGGUGUCCCCAAGCUUGCAUUGAACACUGGUGAAACCGACAUGUCCCAGAAGUAUCAGAUAAAGACGUUAUAACAUGAAUAACCAUAUUUUAUUGUCUAUUCGUGUUGUACUGUGUGAACAUGGAUCUAAUUUCUGAUCAGAGUAAAUGUCAGGUUGUGUGUGAUGGAUAGUGGGUAACAUGAAACAUUUCUAGAGAUACUAAGGUUAGACCGCUUCCCGCCCCCAAGUCCUCUUUUUGUUCACGUUGACUCAACCAGUUCAUACAAGUUGAUCCAUAUGCAACAAGGGGGUAGUAAAGUCCCUAGUUCUUCCAAUUUCAGUUCCUCCAUUUAAUUAAUUAAUUUUAAACUAUGGUGCCAGAAUAACAGUGCGAGUUGUGCUGGGGUGGAAAUGCAGGCUUUCACAUGCAGGCAGGCCUUUAGAUGUGGAGAUCCAUUGUUAGAAGGAAAUGUGAAUUCCACCACAAAACAACAGUAUCCACAAUGCCGAGUCACCUGAAAGUGAGGACCAUACCAACCUAAGGAAGGAGUGGGGGGCUGCAACAGGACAAGUCUUCCAAUGCAGUGAGGCUACAAUCGCUGUCCCAAACCACCAAUACCCCUCCACGUAAUGUUUUGGUCCACAUUCAGAAAUAGGGUUCAGAAUAUUCACAGUUCAGUUUGCAGCCCAAAACCACAUAAUUAAGUCAAAAUAGUCAGGUACAUCCAACAACUCAUUGUACUAGAAUAGAUGGUUUCUAGAGUCCUGUUCUAGAGUUCAAGAAUGGUUCUAGAGUCCUGUUUAAUGCAGUGAUUGGACAGCUAGACAGAGAGUCAGUAUGUGUUGCUAGGCGAGGUGAGUGGAAGAGGGCAUGUCUUCACCAGAACGUCCACACCUCCAGCUCCAUGACGUGGAAGUCGUCUCUUUCCGAGAGGCAGCAGUUGUUGAAGGUGUAACAUGGGCUACUCCUGCCCAGGUACAGCAUCUCAUCCAGCCACAGGCCAAAGUGACCACUGGGGAAGAGAGAGCGAGAAACUCAGUUCCUUGUUCAUUGUUUUAGAGUAAAGUAAUGUGUUCUCCUAAACAUAUUGACACAUACACGAUAUAUACAAGAGUAUGUGGACACCCCUUCAAAUUAGUGGAUUUUGCUAUUUCAGCCACACCUGUUGCUGACAGGUGUAUAGAAUCGAGCACACAGUCAUGCAAUCUCCAUAGACAAACAUUGGCAGUAGAAUGGCCUUACUGAAGAGCUCAGUGACUUUCAACGUGGCACCGUCAUAGGAUGCCACCUUUCCAACACAUCAGUUCAUCACAUUUCUGCCCUGCUAGAGCUGCCCUGGUCAACUGUAAGUGCUGUUAUUGUGAAGUGGAAACGUCUAGGAGCAACAACGGCUCAGCCGCGAAGUGGUAGGCCAAGCUCACAGAACGGGACCGCCGAGUGCUGAAGAGCGUAAAAAUCGUCUGUCCUCGGUUGCAACACUCACUACAGAGUUCCAAACUGACUCUGGAAGCAACGUCAGCACAAUAACUGUUUGUCGGGAGCUUCAUGAAAUGGGUUUCCAUGGCCAAGCAGCCGUACACAAGCCUAACGCCUCAAUCACACAGACAGCGUCAUUGCAUUUUGGCACACCAGAAGGACAUUCCUUUCCAAUGGAACGCUGCAUUAGCCUUGCAGCAUUGCGUUGCAGAGGCAGUUGCAAUGCGUUCUGUGUGGUGUAUACGUUGGAUUUAUCGAACGUAUGCGUCAAACUGUAUGCAUAGAUGGCUUGACAGAAAUGGUAGCAGAAGGUGAAUGUUGAACUUUUGUUGCACACAUAUCCAGAUGAUGCUGCGUACCAUUUUGCCUAAAAACACUGUCGGUGUGAUCAAGGCGUAACAUCACCAUGCGCAAUGCCAAGCGUCGGCUGGAGUGGUGUAAAGCUCACCGCCAUUAGACUCUGGAGCAGUGGAAACGCGUUCUCUGGAGUGAUGAAUCACACUUCACCAUCUGGCAGUCCGACGGACAAAUCUGGGUUUGGCGGAUGCCAGGAUAAAGCUACCUGCCCCAAUGCAUAGUGCCAACUGUAAAGUUUGGUGGAGGAGGAAUAAUGGUCUGGGGCUGUUUUUCAUGGUUUCGGGCUAAGCCCCUUUGUUCCAGUGAAGGGAAAUCUUAAAGCUACAGCAUACAAUGACAUUCUAGAAGAUUCUGUGCUUCCAACUUUGUGGCAACAGAUUGGGGAAGGCCCUUUCCUGUUUCAGCAUGGAAAUGCCCCCAUGCCCAACGAAUGGAAGCAUGUCCCCGCAGCAAUGUUCCAACAUCUAGUGGAGGCUGUUAUUGCAGCAAAGGGGGGACCAACUCCAUAUUAAUGCCGAUGAUUUUGGAAUUAUAUGUUCGACAAGCAGGUGUCCACAUACUUUUGGUCAUGUAGUGUAGCUGUGGCACCAAUGUGCAGUACGUGUCAAGCAAACAGAAAUAACAUCAGCAUCAAGAAAACCAUAACCUAAGACAUAUUGGUAUGACUGUGAGUGACCCCACCUUCCUCCUCCGAUAGCAAAAGAGUCCAGGUCUCCCUUUAUGAAGAAGGAGUUUUCUCCAGUCCACCUGAAACACUGUGGGAAGUGACAAGGACAGAGUCAGUAUAGGA